AACAGAAAUUGAACGUCGUGGUGACCAAGUACAUCAAGAAGCACCUAAAAGCGGAUCUUGGGAUCACAGAGGUCGACAUCACGGAUAAGAAGGUUUUUGGACGAAAACAUCAAUUCUUUUUCAAUACCACUAUGGACAUUAUCAUUCUCUUGAACCCCAACGAGAUCUACAACACGAUAAUGGAUGAUAAAUUCUUCGAGAAUGAGCUCGAGGACAACAAAGCGAAGAUAUGGAGGAGGUUCAACGAAGUAUACAAAGCUAAUAUUGACCCAAAGCAAAGUCUGAUAAACCAAGUAAAGUGAGAUACUCAAUCCCAGAUAGGAAUAUAAUUAAACCGGAUUUAC